UUUUUGUAUUUUUUAUUUUUUCGUUCCUUUCCCCCCUUUUUUUUCUAUUCUGUUGUGUUGUUUUCAUGUGGCAACAGGGGGCAGGCGGAUUAACGUUUCCCUGAUGAAAAUUAAUCAUCUGUGGAGAGGCUCCGUGAUCGUGACUAUGAUGAUGAUGUCGAGUAAGAGCGUGGAGUGGCUGCAGGAGGAGCUGGAGUCCGGGGCCGGCGCGCUGCUGCUGCUCGACUGCAGACCCCAUGAGCUGUACGAGUCCUCGCACAUCGAGUCGGCCAUCAACCUGGCCAUCCCGGGCCUCAUGCUCCGCAGGCUUAAGAAGGGCAACCUCCCCAUCCGCUCCAUCAUCCCCAACAACGAGGACAAGGAGAAAUUCGCCAAGCGCUGCAAGACGGACGUGGUGGUCCUGUACGACGAGGCGACCUCGGAGCGGCAGGAGUCCGGGCUGGGGAGCUCCGUGCUGGGGCUGCUGCUGCAGAAGCUCCGGGACGACGGCUGCAAGGCUUUCUACCUGGAGGGAGGCUUCAACAAGUUCCAGUCUGAGUACCCCGAGCACUGCGAGACCAAUUUGGACUGCUCCUGUCCCAGCAGCUCCCCACCAGCUUCCGUCCUCGGCCUUGGGGGACUCCGCAUCAGCUCCGACUGCUCGGAUGGAGAAUCUGACCGCGAGCCGGGCAGCGCUACCGAGUCGGAGGGCAGCCCCCUCCCCAACAACCAGCCAGCGUUCCCUGUCCAGAUCCUGCCGUACCUUUACCUGGGCUGUGCCAAAGAUUCCACCAACCUGGAUGUGCUCAGCAAGUACAACAUCAAGUACAUCCUCAACGUGACGCCCAACCUGCCCAACAUGUUCGAACAUGAAGGGGACUUCAAGUACAAACAGAUCCCUAUCUCUGAUCACUGGAGCCAGAACCUCUCACAGUUUUUCCCCGAGGCCAUUUCAUUUAUCGACGAGGCUCGCUCCAAAAAGUGCGGCAUCCUGGUCCACUGCCUGGCGGGGAUCAGCCGCUCAGUCACCGUCACCGUGGCCUACCUGAUGCAGAAGCUCAACCUGUCGCUCAACGACGCCUACGACUUCGUCAAGCGGAAAAAGUCAAACAUUUCCCCAAACUUUAACUUCAUGGGCCAGCUCCUGGACUUUGAGCGGACACUGGGCCUGAACAGCCCCUGCGACAACCACUCGACCUCCCCUACGCACGACCAGCUCUUCUUCACCACCCCGACCAAUCACAAUGUGUUUCAACUGGACACCCUGGAGUCCACAUGAAAAUCAGACUCUCGACUGUCCCCCUUUUUUUGUUAAAGGGGGGGGAAGUGGUCAAGGUGGUGUUGUUACCAUGGUAACCAGUGGCUGCAUUGCAGGAAAAGCAGCCAGUUUUAAUGAAUGUUUUAGCCUCCCGACGCUUGUUGUCUGAGAGCCUGGCCACGGAGCAGCGUUGGAGCAACAGGAGGGGUCACUGAUGCCACGUUAAAGGGGACAGGGAGUGUUUUUGUUUAUUUGAACCCAGAGAAGGGAACUGUAGGUUUACAAUGGCGUUCUCCUCUGCAUUGAUUGAAAUCGAGGAACAAAACUCCCCGACUGACUUGUCUUGUCUUGUUCUGGAAGAGCAGGGGAGACCUAACUGACUGAGAAACUGAACGGUCGCAGCAGGACGGACAGCUUUACACAAAGAAAAGGUUCAUAUACAGCGCUCGAUUUAUGAGAUGACAGCAUCCUCUCUGUCUUUCUGUCUCGGCUCGCGAGCUGAGCUGACUGGUGCCAAGUGGAGAAUCUGGGAUUUACUCAAAGGAAAUCUCGCUCUACUGAAUGUAGAGUUUUCAAAAACCAAGGAAUUAACACACAUUUUUGCGCACACACAUACACACACAAACAAAGUAUGUAUGUUUGUACUGUAUGUACUGUAUGUAUGUUAACGUACAUAGCAGAAAAUGUAUGGGCAGUCCUUAACAAAUUCAGUAUGUCUAUAUGCAUUUUUGUAUAUUUUUAUGUACAUUUACGCACAGAUCUAUACCUUAUAUAAAUAUAUACGCAUAGAAAUCUUAUCUUUGUCCAAAAACAAAGUAAUCCAAUCCAAUGAUGGCUUAAGAGAUUGUAAAACUAAAGAAGGGGAAUGGGUGUUGAGGUAGUCCUAGUUGUCUUCUUUUUUUGUGUGUGUUUUUUUUUCAGUUUUGUUUUUCUUUAGGUUUGUAAUGACCUAAUGCAGUUUGCACAGUGGUGUAGCCAUUGACUUGCUGGCACUUGGAGCCGGUGCUGGAAGCAGGCAGAUAAAGAGACAUUCAGAGAAGAGGAGUGGAUAGAGGAGAGGCCAGUCCCAGGCUGCGACAAGUCCUGACAGCUGCACGGCGCCGUGGGGAGGGAGCAGGAACUGGGCCCUGAGCGGAGGAGCAGGGGUUAGGCCUGGGUUAGAGGUUAGAACGGACGGCGGCAUGGGGUUAGGAAUCAUUUAAACCGGGGUUGAGGGUCGGGUGAGAAUGCUGCUGUAGAUAUGACGCUUGGCCAACUAUUUUCAAGUGCGGUUGCCAGGUCCUUCUUCCUUCCCCGUAUGACUGUUCAUCCAGUUGCUGAACAAGAAGUACCAGUUGUUUCCACCAGCUGUUCACAUUAUUUUAAGUGUUUGUUUCAUUUCGGUUAAAAUUCUGAACUUCCGUGGUUACUUCAUCACGACAGUUGUCUAACCGGUAUGUUUCACCAUAACUGGUUUUCUAACAGCUCUUAGCUUUUGUUCUGUGCAGACGCUUCAGUGAGACGUUAGUGGUUAAGGAUGGGGGAGAGUUAUUUUAGCAGCCUCAGGCGAAGAAGUACCUCAGCCUUCUUAUAUAACCUACAUUACAAACAUCCUGUUGCCACAGGAGUGACUUGUUCAGUUUGUUGGCCUGUUUUAGGUUCAUUCUAGAGAGAUUUGCCAAAAAGGACUUCAGGACUGUGAUUGUAAACUGGUCUCUGUGUUGGAUUCUGGUGUCCUGGACUGGGACUGGCCUCAGCUACAGACUGCACUUACUUACUUCAAUCACUUCAUGUCCCUUAAUGGCAUCGGAGGAAACUGAAAACAGAAGCUCUUUCUUAGUAGGGAUCCCCCAUUUCGUCAAACAAAGAUUUGUCUGAGUCGAUUCACCCUUAAGCCUUGGGUAUAUUAUAUGAAAGAUAUAUUAAACACAAAUGAAUAUAUAUAAAUAUAUAUAAUAGAGCUAAUAGUGAACAGAUCUAUAUUAUUUUGUAUACCUGAGCAUGCUGUGGUGCUGUAUGCUCUCUAACAGUAGACGUAACCACGGGUUGGAUGUUGCUUUACCAGGUGGAAAGACAAAACAAUGAGGACUGUUUUUUUAACCGCUGUUGCUGCUGAACACAGCGGCACACAGCAUGUGGUCAAAGCGUUUUCUGAGGCACUGUCCACAUCUGUAGCACCUAAACUAAAAGGGGAAAUUAUGGUUGAAAAAAUAUUAUGGGAGAAUCCUGCAGUGAUUUUAAGAAAGAUGUUUUUUUUUUUUUUUUUUUAAUGGGGCUAAAUUCUCCUCUGCUGCAGUAUUUUUUUCUCCUAAUUGGCUUUCCACUUAUGGAUGGAAUAACAAUUACAUGAAUUUGACUUAAGGUAACAUCUGUAGGUACAAUGGGCCUCAUGAAAGAACAUUUUCAUUUUCUUCUUCUUGAGCAAACAUGUUGUAAUCGUUCAGUUUAAGGUUUCAUGUGUGAAAAUGCCACAUUAUGGGAGUGUCACACCGCAGGAGGCACAAGUCGGAAAUCAGCAGAAUCAAACAGGAUAAAUUGAGCAAUGACAAUAUUUGCAUUAUGAGACCUGAAAAAGAGAAAUAGCUUAUUAUUACAGUAUUAUUACAGUUGUUUGUAGUGUGACAGAAACAAUGCCAAAUGAGAGAAUAGCGUAACGCUGCAGGUGGCAGGUGGAACAGAGGAUAUUUAGCCUGACAGUCACCAGCAUAAAGACACUGAGGCAGCUGUUGGAAGCAGUGACAAGAAGAAUAUUUUUUACUGAUCUUAUUUGAUAUCAGUAACAUAUGUAGUCUCCAAAUUCAUAAUGUAUUAUAAUAGGCCAGUAAGUGUUUUUCCACUUGUGGAGAAAUGGCUCCAAUGAGUUUAUUAGAGAUGUUUACAUCACCUACAGGGCUCCUGCAGGCCUUCAGUUCUCUUAAAACACAAUGACCAAGAUGUUCCUUAAAAGUGCUUUUUGCAUGAGGCCCAAUGUGUACCGCAAACUACGCAAAUUUCAAAGGUGUGGACGGAGUCUAAACAGAAACAAAGAACUGGGUUUUGGAGGGCACAGCAGUUGAAUCUGAAGAGGGUUGGUUUUAGCUGGCCUUAUAUAAUCUUUCUAACUUGUUUCUAAUGCUGACUGUUCAAUACUCUUUGUAUCUCACUUUAGAAAAAAAAGCAUUGUGUGUAGAAAAAAAAUACGUUUGUUAUCUGUUAUUUGAACAAGAACACGGUCAUAACAGACGGCAAACUGUCUUUUUACCGUAACGGGUCACACGAGGUCCUCUUUGUUACUCUGCAAUAUAUCAAAACACCCUUUUUGCAGUAUUUUGUAGAUCUACGACCUCAAACAUUUUUAAAUUCUUCUUCUUUUGUACUAUAUCUAUUCUAUAUAACUUUGCAAGAUCCAGCUCGAUUAUGGCUUAUGGACUGAAGUAACAUUUCACCUGGGGUGUCCAAAAACAUAGGGCCAGCGUGUCCGCUACCAACGCUGAAAGAGGCCCUCGCAAACACACACAGACACACACACAGCUUCACACAGCUGUGGUUCAGCAUGCCACUUAUGUUUCACAAUAGACAAUUACACCACCCGGCUUAAAGAAUUACAAGGUAUUUUUCCGUCUUGUUUUGAUAUAAUGUGCUCUAUGCUAUUCCUGUGGCCUUUCAAUAUGAAUAUAUAUCUCAGUAUAUAUAUGUUAUGAAUUUAUAUGCAAAAGUUCCUCUCCUAUUAUAGCAUCAGAGAUGAAAAUAAUACUACCAAGCUUGAAUGGAUUUUUCCUCGUCUGGAGUCAUAUCCCACUUACAAUAAGAAAAAAAACACUGAGGACUUGAUCACUUGCACCCUAGGAUUGAAAUAUAUUUCAGUACAGAGCUUUUCUAUUUAAAAAAAAAAACAAAAAAAGAAUACAGUUGAUUUCAAGCUGCUUUCUUGUGGGUUUCUUUUGUGUGUCUUUGUAACAAUGAAAGAGAAAUCAAGUUCUCUGUUUGUAAAUUUGCCAGAUCACGGGAACGGGCGUUUCUGUGUCCUUAAACUUGUAGCUACAUCUUUGGUAAGAAUGUUGCUUCGAGAGAGAAAGACGUGAAUGAGCGAGAGCAGAGCCCGAGGAGGGAGGCGGUGGCAGCGUGAGAUACAAAGUGAAAGAAAAAGUGAAUGAUUUUAAAAAUGUUACCUCAGUGAGGAAUUUUUCAGGGAUUUUUUUGACAAUGCAUCUUGCAUCGUGUUACAGCUUCAAAGUCACGUUGAAUAGCUGUUUUGUAUUGUGCUGUAGACAGUUUUUAAAAAAAAGAUGCAAUCUGUCUGUGUAUAAAAACAAGGGGCAUGUUAACCGGGGCAGUUUCACCUUUCUGUCUACUGAAGGAAAUACGAUUGACCCUAUGUAUUGUACAGUAUAUAAAAACAACACAAGACAUGUUUAUACCGCAAAUAAAUAUUGAAAUAUUUUUUUCUUUAA